CGUCGACAGCGAAUUCGUCUUGAGCACCAUCCAACCCAGCCAUGUCGACAGCGGUGGACGCAUCACCACCAACGAUUCCAGCAGCCACGCUAGCCGUGCUCGACAAGUCGAAGAUUCGGAAGGAUGUGAAGAUCGUCGUGCUCUUCAAGUCAAUCGGGUCAGCCCCAAUUAUGAAGAGCAACAUCUUUAAGAUUAGCUCGGCGAACAAGUUCCAGACAGUGACUACGUUCUUGCGGAAACAGUUGGGGUUCAAGAACACAGACCCCCUAUUCACGUACAUCAAUGGUGCAUUCGCCCCUACGCCAGACGAUAUCGUUGGCAACCUCUUCGACUGCUACCAGACCGGCGACCGACUCAUCGUUAACUACAGUAAUACGCAGGCGUGGGGAUAGGUAGGCCGAUAUACCCGCUGUACCACCACAUGUAAUCUUACGCAGG